AUGGGCAACAGAGCAGCUUUCGUGGUUGCAUUUCUCCUCAGGGCUAUAUAUGGAGGCAUGCAGAUAGUAACCAAGGCUGCUUUCGAUGAAGGCAUGAGCACGUCGGUCUUUGUUUUCUACAGGCAUCUAACUGGAAUUCUCUUCUUGGUGCCCAUUGCUUUUGUGCUUGAAAGGAAAACUGCUCCGCCACUGUCAUUCAAAGUCUCUCUGAAAUUGUUUUUUCAUGCACUCUACGGGAUUGCUGGAGCAAUAAACAUAUAUGGCCUUGGUCUCAGUUAUUCUUCAGCAACAUCAUCAUCUGCAAUAUUUAACCUCCUGCCAGCUGUGGCUUUCUUUCUGGCUGUUGUUUUGGGGAUGGAGACUUUGAACUUGAAGAGAUUCCAUGGGAUUGCAAAAGCUUCAGGCGUAUUGUUUAGCAUUGCUGGCGUGAUUGUACUUGCAUUUUACCAAGGACCAGCAUUCAGAUCAUUCAUCCACCAUAACCCUUUUCAUCACACAAGUAACUCCCAUGCUGGGGUUACUGCACAUCCUGAAAGGGUUUGGAUAUUUGGAAUUUUCUUGACGACUUUAUCAACUACAUCAUGGGCUCUUUGGACAGUUCUUCAGGGGCCUAUGCUGGAAGCAUAUCCAUCUAAGUUGCUCAACACAACCCUCCAGAUGAUCUUUGCAACAAUUCAGUGUUUCUUCAUCGCCCUAGCGGCCGAGAGGGAUUUUUCAAAAUGGAAGCUAGCGCUGGACAUACGUCUUUUUGCUGUGUUGUACUCUGGAAUACUUGUCUCAGGAGUUGCGUAUUAUAUGCAAGUAUGGGUCAUUGAAAAGAGCGGGCCUGUUUUCUUGGCCAUGACAAUGCCAAUAACCUUGCUUGUCACAAUUGUUCUGUCUUUGUUUCUCGGAGAAGCGGUUACCCUGGGAAGUAUCUUAGGUGGAGUAAUCAUGGUUGGUGGUCUGUACAGUGUCCUUUGGGCCAAGAGGUCUGAGCAAGUGGAUGCCAGCAAGCAACAAAUGGCGCCUACUCCAGCAGAGACAACACAAGUUUAG